AUGAUCUUUGGCCCUAGAAGAGGUGCCUUCCACUGUGAUGCGCUGAAAGCUGCAGACAUUCUUCCUCUCCUUCGGGACAAGUUAGCUUUCCUCUCAGGUGGUCGAGACAAGAGAGGGGGUCCUAUCCUUGCUUUCCCAUCAGGCUCUGCCCUGGAUAAAGUCAGUCCGAUUGACCUCCGUAGGCUUGUCUUUUAUCUGAGUGGAAUCCCAAGUGAUGAGGCUCGGGAUCUUGGAUUCACCGUGAUCAUUGAUAUGAGAGGCUCGACAUGGACCAACAUAAAACCUGUCCUUAAAGCUUUACAGGAAUGUGUUCCUGACAACAUUCACAUGGUGUACAUCAUCAAGCCAGAGAAGUUUUGGCAGAAGCAGCGGACCAGCAUGGGUAGCUCUAAGCUCAAGUUUGAGACGACAAUGAUAUCAUCCGAGAACUUGGUUAAGUUGGUGGAUCCAGCUCAGCUGACGGUGGACAUGGAGGGUACUAUGCAUUAUGAUCAUGAGGAAUGGCUACAGCUCAGAUUGGCCCUGGAGGAUUUCAUCUGUAAAGCUGUGGACAUGAUGCAACAUCAGGAACAGAUCACACUGGAACUCGGUUGCAUGAACUUUGCCAUGGACAUAGAGGGCGCACAAUCUUCUCUGCAGGAUCAUGAGAUGUUGAGGCGGAGCAUACAACAGAUGCCUGUAGAGGCUGUCAACCAGGAAGGACAGAAAGUACUAAGAAGAAUAUGUGGUGUAUUUGGAGGAGACUCGGUCACGGUGGACAGUGGAUACGGGGGUAGCUUUACCAGUUCCUCCACGGUAUCACUCAACGCUGACUUCCAGGCAGUGGCGCCCCGGAUCCUUCAGCUCCUUGAUAACGUUGCCAACACAAGGCAGCAUCUUUACCAGCAAUGGACCACCAAACAAGCCAAACUUGAACAGUGCCUACAACUCAAAUUAUUUGAACAAGAUGCCAAAAAGCUCUUUGAUUGGUUAGAGCAUCACAUAGAUUUAUUCCUGAUCAAUCAUACUGACCUGGGUCAUUCUGUAGACAUGGCAGCUGAGCUUUCAGAUGAACACAAUCAUUUUGCUUCACAGUCUAUGAACAUGUAUGUUCACAUCAAUAGAGUACUUUCUGCAGCCUCGCAACUGAUUGAUAAUGGUCAUUAUGCGUCGGAGGUCAUAAGGUCACACAUGCUACGAAUCGACCGCGAGUGGAGGGCAUUUGCUGUGGCCCUGGAUGAACGUAGCACGCUUCUUGCCAUGUCAGUUACGUUUCAUAAGAAAGUUUAUGAGUACGAACACAAUUUUCAUGACUGGAGCACCAGAUGCCAUUUGGAUGGAGAGCUCCCUCACGAUGUUGGUGAAUUGGAGUCCAUGCUGCAACAGCACCAUGCCUUGUCCGAUGACAUCAACCAGAAAUAUACCCAAGUUCUUUCCGAUGGCAAAGCCCUUCUGGCGGCGUUGCAGCAACCGUUAAGUCCGGAGAGCGAGAACUCUGUUACUGCCCAGACCAACUACUCCCAGUCGGCCGGUCACUUCUUGGAUCUGAUCCAUGAGGUGCUGCAGCAGCACAGGGAGUUAGAUGAGAGGUGGCAGAGGAAAAGGACUGUCAUUAAUCAGAGGGUUCAGCUCUGCGUCUUCCAGCACGAUACGGCACAGGUGUUGUUUUGGCUGCAGAACUAUGGAGAGGAAUUUUUAAACAAACACACCAGUAUUGGAAAGUCACUGCACAAAGCCAGGGCGUUGCAGAAGAAACAUGAGGAAUUUGAAGCCAUUGCCCAGGUAAGUUUAAAUGGAACAGUUUUCUAAAACUCAAGAGCUAUUUUUUCUAAUCUUAUCACUAAGAGCAGGCAGAUUUGUAACAUUUUCUUUUGCAAACAUUUUAGUCUGAUAAGAAGUGAUAUUUUUUUAAAACUCAGACUCACUUACAGACUAUCCAUAUAAUUUGACAAUAAGGGUGAUCUGUUUUACUAACCCCAUCAUCUCCAAGUUCCUGAGUGGGCCUUUUGUAAUUUUUAAAAUUAUUAUUGUCAUUCAUCACACUAAAAUACUAUUUAAACAUGAAUAAAAGUUAUUAAAAAUCUGAUAGCAAUGCAACCGGUCAAGCUGCCUGGAUAUGGAAAAAAUUAUCUUUGUAUCAGUGCCCCGCGAAUCUUCCUCCCCUUUUUCUGACCUGAUGCAGGUUCUCCUUUUGGAGUCAACCAGCAUGGAAUUGUGGGUCGUGUCGAGCUUUUACUGGUUGUGACAGCUUAUUUAGCAUAUUAUUGAGUAAAAAUCCCCCAAAUCAUGAAAAAAGAUGGUAUACAUUUAAAAAAAGGGACGGAUGAAAAGAGAAUUCAUUGAGGUUUUUCUUUGAACCUGUGUGUAUUCCUCCAAUGGACCAUGGCGCUGUUGAAGAUAUACCCUUUAACUGAAUUCUGAGCCCAGUGUCAUUAGAGAAUCUUUGCAAGGACUAACCAACAUAUCAACGAGAUGCUAUUUGAGGCACCUGUUUGUAAACUAUUAUCAACAUAUUGACAUUCAAUUCAUUACUCAAAUCACUUUAAAAAUUAUUUAUAGAUCUAUAUAGAUAAUGAGAUGUGAUGUACCCUUAUUUUUAUUAGGUUUUGCAUGCAUUGAUGAUCUAAAUAGAUUUAUGUUGAUAAUAAUUUUUCAUAGCUGCCCUUUUAAAGAAUAUCAUACAAGAGGAAGUCCUUGCGAAGAACAUUUUAUUAUGCUUGACCUUAUCUAGUAUUCAAUAUUGGGCUAUUCUCUAUCCUCCAGAUAGCAGAAGAAGCAAUAUUUAUAAGAUGUAUGAGGAUUAUUAUGAUGAUAAUGAUGAUGAUGAAUGAUGAUACCCAAAAGGAACUUACUUAGAAGAUAAAAACGUAUUGAGAUGACAAUAUGAUAGAGGUGAUAUGUUCAGAAAUAUAGCUGUGAUGUGAUGGUGUUGCUGUGAUUAUGAAUGCAACGAGUUUGUAAUAAUCAAUGAUAUUUGCAUCAGUGAGCAUGGAUUCAUAUAGAUAGGGGCUAUAAAACAAUAAGAAAUAUGAGAGAGAAAAUAACAUUACCAAUAAUCCUGUAUUUCUUUUUAAAAAGUUAAAAGACAUUAAUUAUUAUGUGUGUUGAUUUGUGAUAUUUAUUUAGUCCAAUGAACCUAUACCCGUUGUUAUAUAUCGUUGGUACCACCUGAUAUAAACCUUAUUGAUGACUUUUAACAAAAUCUACUUUGUUAACCCUUUGAUAUUUGAAAAGAACAUUUCCAUCUUAUGCAUUUGUUGGUCAGCUGUUUACCCUUUGCAUUCUUCAAGAUGAGCAUUGCAGAAGGUCCAUCAUGAAGAAGUCUGCCAUGUGAAUAGUUGCCUUCACCUGUCUUUCUUAAUGUCAAUAUGUGAUGAAAAAUAUUUCAGAGAGGGAGAAAGAGAAUUACGGGGUUGAUGAAAGAUUUGAGAGAGAAAGGGAAAAAAUGAAAACAACCUUU